UUGAAUCACCUAUUCCCUGGGCAGUCGAUCAAUGACUGUCAUCCAAUCAUUGCCCUGACCCGACUGUCCUAAAGCCAUAUUAAUAAUUAAUUUCAAAUGGAGGAGUACAACCGGGAACCGUGCCCCUUUCGCAUCAUCGAGGACUGCGGUGGCGCCUUCGCCAUGGGUGCUGUCUGUGGGGGAAUGUUCCAGGCCAUCAAGGGAUUCCGCAACGCCCCCUCGGGUUUCGGACACCGCAUUGCCGGAAGUGUGGCAGCGGUUAGAGCUCGAUCGGCCCGCGUCGGCGGCAACUUUGCGGUGUGGGGAGCCACAUUCAGCGCCAUUGAUUGCACCCUGGUCUACUAUCGCCAGAAGGAGGAUCCGUGGAACUCGAUCAUUAGUGGAGCGGCGACUGGGGGCGUCUUGGCGGCCAGGACAGGCUUGACCUCCAUGAUGAGCAGUGCCUUGGUGGGCGGCAUUAUUUUGGCCUUGAUUGAGGGCGUGGGCAUUGCCGUGGCCAGAUUCUCGGCAGAUAACUAUCGCCAGAUGUCACCCGUAGAGCGGUACGAACUUUUCAAGCAACAACAGUUCCAGCUCCAACAACACCAGCAGCCAUCAGGAUUCACCUCCUUUUGUAGCGACUUCCCGGAGGUGAAUCCAUCAUCGAUGUAGAAUUAUAUGCUGCGUCAUCGAUCAGUCGGCUAUCCAUCCGCGAUCCAUGGAUUCGACGAACGCAUACAAAUUUGAUACCCAGAUUCUUUUGAUUGUUCAACGACAACGCCUCCAAAUCGGCGACUGGCGGCAUUCCGAUUUCAAUUAAAAUUCAUUUGUCGUACAUUGCAAGUUUUAGAAUUGUUAAUAUA